AUGGCGCCAUCUGAUGAUCUAAAGUCCCAUGCCGUAUCCUCUCAUGACUUUUAUGCCCUAUUGGACCUCAGCCCCACAGCCGUUGACAGCGAGAUCAGACGAGCAUACAGGAGGACAGCUCUCAAAUACCAUCCUGAUAAAAUCGCGAACCCUACACCAGCUGAUAUUGACAAAUUCCAUCUCCUCCAAAUUGCAUAUGAUGUUCUCUCUGAGCCCUCCGUACGCCAAUUAUACGACAAUGCUAGGGAAGCUCGAGAACGGAAAAAGAGAGAAAAUGAGCUGCUCGAAGGAGCGCGGAGGAAGAUGAAGGAAGAUCUAGAGGCAAGAGAACGAGGAAUUAAGAGACCUUGGGCCCCGGGUGGCCCCGGCGGAGACCGUGACGAUUUACAGGCAGCAGAGGAUAAAUUGGAGCAGGAAAUCAGGCGACUCGCAGAGGAUGGGAAGAGGAGACGACGAGAAAAGGAGGAGCUAAUGCGUAGCCAAGUUCUAGAAGAGGAAGAAAGGCUAGAGAGAGAGAGAGAAGAACUGGAAACGAAAGAACAAGGAAUGAUGAAGAAUGCUGCACCCUCGUGCAAUGUGGGCGGGACCGCAGUGCCAGAAAUUGAUCGAACAGUGAAAGUUCGGUGGAUACGUGAAGGACUUGGGCUGGAUAUGGAUAAGAAUCGGCUAGAGUCGUUAUUUUCGAUAUUUGGCAAAGUUGAGAGUACCUUUACGUUGAAGGAUAAGAGACAACGUGUAGGUGACCAACGGGAGAAAAAAACCAUUGCCACCGGUGUCGUGGUGUUUACUUCAAUAGUUGGUGCCCAUGCAGCUAUUGAAGAUAGAUCAAAGCAUCAAGGCGAUGUCUGGGAUCUCAUUGAAUCUGUGACUUGGGCGUCAAAUAAACAGCCAGAUUGGGAUGCUUACCGAUCUUCCUCCCCCUGCACAGCCGGAGAGCAUGGCAGGGCGGAACCCUCCUUGGUAGCAGCCUCUGAACCUGAUAUACCACAGCCUUCAACAAAAUACAGGCCAAAACGAUUUACAAUGGCUGACCUGAACCCAUCGAAAGAGAAAUCUGAUGAGAACAAAAAGAGCAAAGCCCCUUCUUUUGGGUCAUUUACAUCUACUGGUACUUCGCCUGUAGUUAGAUCUAAUGAAAACGGACCGAGCUUAGAAGAGCUUACCUUGAUUCGGCUUAAAAACGCAGAGAGAAAGAAGCUGGAAGAACAAAUCCGGAAAGAAGAUGAAGCUGCUGCCCUUGCGGAGGCUGGUUCCUUGAAAUGA